CGUCAAUAAAACGUAAAAAAUACUCUAAAAAUGUGUUUCGAAAUGAAAAACAAAAGCUAUAAAUUUCCUCUGAUUCAGAAAACUUCUCACAAAAUCUAUGUUGUAUGCCUAAUUGGGAUGUGGCAUACAGCGAGGAUUUCAAGUUUGUAAAUUAUAGUGCGGACGUAAUGCGGUUAGGCACACAGAGCGUAAUACUGAAAUUAACACAAACUAUUGUAAAAUCACUUAGUUUUACAUUAGCUAUCAAUUCACAAUAGAAGCUCUACUUUUAAUCUUCUUUCUUUCGUAAAUAUGCAGCUCUAUCGUCUAUUUCAGUUCAUAUGUUUAUAUUUCAUAGCCAUUCAAAUAUACCUAAUUAUGACAUCUUCGGUAUGGUUACUGUCAGGUCAGAGAUUUUACAUUGUGUGCAAUACUUUAAAAUUGGCUAUAAUUUACUUCCGGGCUUUAUCCCUAUGUGUGGUGUCAAUGGGUUUAAAAGUAUUAAAAUGCAAGAUAGCCGUGUUUCUAUUUAUUCAUACACUUCAAAAAUGGACUUUAUCUCUCAGCGGGAUGAAUCAUGCACUAGCGUUUUGUUACACAAACAUAUUACACUCAAGUUCUCAAUCAAUAUGUUCAUAAAAAUUACUUUUUGAGUGUCAAACAGAUAUCAAAGUGAAAUACGCGCUGUGUGUUUCUUGGACAAGGAUUUCUGAGAAGUAACAGAAUGUCCGGAAGGCUAGCAAAUAAAGACUUUGACCAGCUAGAGAAAUGGAUUGGCACAGGUUCUAAAACAUUCACACUGCUCUUUGCUAUUACCAGAGAUGGGUGCGAUGCCAAGGUUUUUCAUCAGAAAUGUGACGACAUUGGUCCGACAGUCACCGUUAUGUAUAAUGCUAACGGGUCUGUCUACGGAGGAUACAACCCUACUGCAUGGACCCCGGGAAGUGGAAAUGGCCUAUAUAAUCAUUGUACUGACGCCUUUCUCUUUCAGCUAUAUCUAAAUGGAAAUCCAAAACAAAACAAGUUUGUACUGAAAAAGGGAUGCUACCAAAAUGCUGUGUAUAACCAACCCGUGUACGGACCAACAUUUGGUGGAGGACACGAUCUUCCAUCGUUUACAGGAACUGUGAGCCGAUCUGGUGAUAUAUUCAAGUUGAAUAUGAAACCGAAUUUUGGAAAUACGUACGACAUGGAGGGUUUCAGCAUAAAUGAAAUAAAUAACGGGAACCUCAUUGUCACAGAACUUGAAGUGUAUAAAGUAACUUACGACGAAAGGCGAGUGAGAGAACCUUGGCGAGACAUAGAUGAUUGGAAUAUACAGGAGCUAGAAAAACUGAAAGAGAAAGUUGUUACAUUCAAGCCCCUUCCUGACCUGAAUUUCAGUGAGGCAAAAAUUGCAAUGACUGGUCCAGUCGGCGCGGGAAAAUCAAGUUUCUACAACACGAUAGACACGAUAUUUCGCGGCCGAAUUACACAGCGGGCUUGCAGUGGAAGUGCUGAGCGAAGCACCACUACUGGGUAUAUACCGUACUCAGUGACGGCUCAAUCUGGAGACACUCUCAAGUUCGUGUUGUUUGACACACCUGGACUCGAAGACUCCACCGGACUCGACGAGAAGGAAUGUAGUAGACUUUUAGAUGGUAACAUACCCAACUUUUAUCAGGUGAGCGACCUAGGGCCAUCUUGGCCCUCUUGUUUCUCGAUCAGGUCAAAGCGUUUGAUCGGUGCGAAUGGAACUGGAUCGAUUUAUGUUUGCAAAAAUUUACAUUUGGUCAAAACUGCAGAAACUGGAUCAAAAUGCUUCUUAAAGGCUCAAAUUUCAAUCAAGACGUUAAGUUACCAACCAAAGGUUCUGAGAAGGAGACCGCUACAAAAGACAGGAUACAUUGUGUGCUUUUUGUGUUGGAUGCAACCACACUGGACGUUUUGUCAUCUUAAGUUGUAGAAAAAAUUAAAAACUUCCAACGCUUAAUGAACCAAAGAGAAAUUCCACAACUAAUUGUACUGACGAAGAUCGAUAAACUCUGCAAAGACGUCAAAAAGGAUAUAUCGUUCGCUUACAAAAGCUGGAUUGUUGAGGAACAUGUCGAGAAGGCAUCGCAACUCCUCGGUGUUCGCCGGUCCAAUGUAUUUCGAAUGAAGAACUACGAGGACGAAAAGGAACUCGAUACAAACAUCAGCAUCCUCACAUUGAUUGCUUUAAGCAAGAUUUUAGAUUCGGUCGAAGAUUUUAUGUACAAUCUUCGAGAUCGGAAAAAGUUUGCUCAAAUGAACAUAAGUGAACAAAAAUGAAAAGAUGCUCUAAGAGGAUGUCUAAGACAUUUAUCGCAGAUGAAGAAAACGGAUUAAAAAUUAAAUAACAUGAAACGAAAAUGUGUCAGUUGUGCACAGAUGAUUAUGUACCUUCGUUUUCUCUUCGGAAUAUAUGUAUAUGUACAAUGUAAAUUAAGUAAUGUUUCAGCAAUAUUUACGAAGCUUGCAAAUGUGGGACCAUCGCAGGAUUAGAUGAUGCCGCAAAAGUUCUACUGCUAAUAAACUAAUAUGAAAAGUAUAUGACAAACAUUUAUCACACAUGUACUGUGAAAUGAUUUGACUUACACCAUCUAUAUGAACAUCUAUAUACUAUUUGAUCAAAUUGAUAUUGAUAUAAAAAUGAUAAUGCUUGUCACAAGAAACUGAACAGUCUUUUAACAAUGAAUUUCUUCAUUCGUUCGUUCGAUAUUUAUUUAUCUUUUGACUUGCCUUGUUUUAAGGUUUAUGUUAUUAAUUAUGAAAUCUGAUUUUGACAUCCUGUAUGCCAAUUCGUUACAAUAUACCGUGAAAUCAUUAAUAUUCGUGGGGGACUAAUUUUCGUGGAUUUCGUGGUUGAGUCAAUCCACGAAAUCCUUUAAUCACAAAAAAGAUGUAAAAUUCCCAUUCAUUUUAUGUUCUAAGGUUAAAGUCUACGAAUUCAUAUCCCCAUGAAAUUGCCGUUUUGACUAAAACCACGAAAUUUCAUGUCCACGAAAUUAAAUGAUUUUUCAGUACACAAUAAGAGAAGGAUGUGUGCAGUAAUCUGUUAUGAUAAAUUUAUAUAAUGUACCAUUUGUAGAACUCUUUGAUUAUUGGAUACGCAUAUGUUUAUGUAAUAUGUACCAUUUGUAGAACUCUUGUUUAUUGGACACGCAUAUGUUUAUGCAAUGUUAUCUUUUAUUAACAUUGAAACAUUUAAGUAUGUAUUUUCAUUGUUCACCAUUAUUCAUUUGUUACUUCUUCUUUCAUCCACAAAGCGUAUUGAUCAUUUUGUCUAAUAGUAUUUAGAAAGCACGUUUCUUCGUUGCUUUAAAACUUGCAAAUUUGUUGAAAUUAUGAACACGCCCAGCUUAUUAUUAUUUUACCAGAAAAUAAACAACAGAGUUGAGCAUU